CCGUAACUUAAUCCUAACCCACCCACCUCAAACCCGCCAACAUGCGACCAGUAUACGCGAUCGUACUCGAAGCACUCGCGGGAGUACCGAUAGCCCUAUCAUCAUCUCAUCCUGAGCCAUACAACCCAGCCCCUCUCAACGAAUUCAUCAAAAAACAAACCCCGAUUGCCUGGCAAGGGAUCCUGAACAACAUCGGCGCCGGGGGCGCCUACCCGGGGAUCGUAGUCGCGUCGCCAUCGAAGUCCGAUCCAGACUACUUCUACACCUGGACCCGCGACGCAAGCCUAACCAUCACCGCACUAACCCCUUACCUUUCCUCUUCCACCACAGAAACCACCAAAAUCGAACCCCUCCUCCAAGAUUACAUCACCAGCCAAGCAACCCAACAAACAAUCACCAACCCCUCCGGCCCGUUGGACGAUGGCACCGGCCUCGCCGAACCAAAAUUCCACGUCAACCUGACCGCGUACGUCGGCGCAUGGGGCCGGCCUCAGCGCGACGGGCCCGCGCUGCGCGCCUCCGCUCUAAUCGCCUACGGGAACCACCUCCUCUCCACUGGCCGGGCGGCGCUCGCUCGCAGAAAUAUCUGGCCGAUCGUUCGGAAUGACCUCGCGUAUGUAGCGCAGUACUGGAACGAGACGACCUUUGAUUUGUGGGAAGAGGUGCGCGGGGCCUCGUUCUUUACGACCGCUGUGCAGUACCGUGCGCUGGUGGAGGGGAUGGCGUUUGCGGAGGCGCUGGGCGAGGAGUGUGCGGGGUGUGCGCUUGUUGCGCCGGAGGUGCUUUGUCUGUUGCGAAGGGGGUAUUGGGAUGCUCCGCGUGGGGCGGUAAGGGCGAAUUGGCCGGGGAGUGGGCGCCAGGGGAUUGAUGCGGGUUCGGUGCUUGCGGUUGUGCAUACUUUUGAUGCGGGGGCGGGGUGUGGGCGUGAUAGCGAGGACGACGGGGAUGAGGAUGAGGAUCGCACGUCGUUCCAGCCGUGCUCGGAUAGGGCGUUGGCGAAUCAUAAGGCUGUUGUUGAUUCGUUCCGGGGCAUCUAUGGUGUGAAUCGUGGGAGUGCGGUUGGCGUUGCGGCGGCUGUGGGCCGUUAUGCGGAGGAUGUUUAUCAGGGUGGACAUCCUUGGUAUCUGACGACGCUGGCCGCCGCAGAACAGCUGUACGACGCCUUGUAUCAGUGGGAGAGGCAGGGCCGGGUCGAUGUCACGGCUCUGUCUAGGCCUUUCUUCGCGGAUCUCGUCCCUGAUAUCUCGUCGGGGUCGUACUCGCGGGGUUCGGAAGAGUACGCGGCCAUCACUGACGCUGUGAGACGGUAUGCGGACGGCUUUCUCGCUGUGGUGCAGCAGUAUACUCCCGAGAAUGGGAGCCUGGCGGAGCAGUUUGACCGCAACACCGGGGCGCCGGUGUCCGCCGUCGAUUUGACGUGGUCGUAUGCUGCUUUCUUGACGGCUGUCGCCAGGAGGGACGGUGCAGUGCCUCCGUCGUGGGGGUCGACGGCCGCCCAACCAGCCCCGGCGCAGUGUAGCCCGACCAGUGUGCCUGGUCAGUAUGCUACGCCGGUGGUAGGCUCGUGGCGGGUCAGAGAUGAGCUGAAGUGAGUUGGUCUGUUUGGCGUUGUGCGUGGAUGGAUGGCAGUAGGGGUUGGAAGCUAUGGCAGUAUGUCAGGACAGUGGUUCUAGUGUCAAGUGUCAGAUGGUAGUAAUUUUGUAUGAGCUCUGCGACUUCUUCUGCAUGGUUGUACUAGUCUCCACCACGUCAGGCGAGGAUCCCCCUGAAUUCCUCGGGAAACCGACGGAUGAAUAUCAAGC